GAAUGAAUUUAUCUGGUUCUACAAUAUGGCGACCGGCGUUGAGGGCGUUAAACUCCGGUGGGAUUUAUCCGCAGAAGAAAUCCUUAAGCGGACAGACGAACUCAUCGAGCGAUCGAAGAGAGUUUACGACGCCGUCGGCGCGCUGAAACCAGAUCAACUGACUUACGAAAACUGCUUGAAGGCCUUGUGUGAUGAUACCGCUGAAUAUCACACCGCAAAGUCUGUCCUGGAUUUUCCACAGCAUGUCUCCACAGACAAAGACAUCAGAACGGCCAGUACUGAAGCUGAUAAAAAACUUUCGGAAUUUGAAGUGGAAGUCAGCAUGCGGAAGGAUGUCUUUGACAAUCUUGUGGCUUUUCAGGAGAGACAUAAAGAACCCUUGUCUCCUGAAGCUGUACGUGUUUUGGAGAGGCUAAUUAAACAUGGAAAAAGAGAUGGUCUUCAUUUACCUGUAGAAGUACAAGGAGAAAUAAAGGCAAUCAAGACUCGGAUGAGCAAUCUGUGUAUAGACUUCAACAAGAAUUUAAACGAGGAAAAUACAAUCUUAGAACUUACAAAGGAAGAAUUGGCUGGAUUGCCAGAUGAUUUUAUUAACAGCUUAGAAAAGACAGAUGCUGGCCUAAGCAAAGUUACUCUCAAGUACCCUCAUUACUUUCCAAUAAUGAGAAAAGCCUCCAAUCCUCACACCAGACAGAGAAUGGAAUAUGCCUUCAACAGGAGAUGCAUCCAGGAAAACACUCCUAUUUUGGAAGAACUCGUGGAAUUGAGACAAAAGAUGGCAGACCUUCUUGGCUAUCUAACACAUGCAAGCUAUAUUACAGAGUUACGGAUGUCCAAAACAGCAGAAGCAGUUUCCAGUUUCCUAGCAGAGUUGUGUACCAAGUUAAGACCUCUUGGAGAAGCCGAUUUAUCAGAAAUGCUACGUCUAAAGGAGGCUGAGUGCAAGGAAUUGGGCCAUGACUAUGAUGGCAAGAUUAACUACUGGGACAUGAGAUAUUACAUGACCAUGGUUGAGGAAAAGAACUACGCAGUGGAUCAAAACAAAUUAAAAGAGUACUUUCCUCUUCAUGUAGUUACCAAAGGUUUAUUGGAUAUUUACCAGGUAAAAAUAUACAUGUAUAUACUAAUUUUAACAGAUUUGUAUCUUUUAUUGUGCAGUCUUCCUCCUGGAUGUUUGGUGGCUGAUGGAAGCAGACAGCAUUCCGUCGCUGCCAUGGUAGCAAACUUUACCAAACCAACUGCAGAACAGCCAUCUUUGUUGAUGCAUCAAGAGGUAGAGACAUUUUUUCACGAGUUUGGUCACGUGAUGCAUCAGUUGUGCGCAAAAACAGAUUUUGCAUUGUUCAGUGGCACUCAUGUUGAAAGAGACUUUGUUGAAGCUCCUUCUCAGAUGCUGGAGAACUGGUGCUGGGAAAAAGAGCCUCUUCAUCGCAUGUCAGCUCAUUACAAAGAUUCUAGUGCUGUUCCAGAUGAAAUGCUUGAAAAACUCAUAGCAUCACGUAAUGCAAAUACUGGUGUAUUUAACUUAAGACAAAUUUUGCUGGCAACAUUUGAUCAAACAAUUCACACUCAACCCAAGGCAAACACAGCAGAGAUUUUUGCCAAACUUUCUAGUGAGAUUCUCCGUAUUCCAUCCACACCAGAUACCAACAUGCCGGCAUCGUUUGGUCAUCUGGCUGGAGGAUAUGACGCACAAUAUUAUGGAUAUCUGUGGAGUGAAGUGUUUUCGAUGGAUAUGUUUCACGCCCGGUUUAAGAAAGAAGGAAUAAUGAAUCCUUCAGUAGGAAUAGAUUACAGAACGUUCAUAUUACAGCCAGGUGGUACUGUGGUAAGUAAUAUGCAAGAGGAGAAGGCACAGGGUAUCCACGGUCAGGGAAAACCAAGGCCCUGUCCACACCAAACCGGAGGAAUUUGGAAAAGGCGUUUUCACUCUGAAAACGCAUCAAAUGUUUUCCGUCCACACUACGCCGGAGGAAUGUAAAAAUGCAACAGUCACCGUUCAUUUUGGAUUUGUGUUUAGGGGAAAACUUGGGAAGGGGAAUAUCAUGUUUAUCGUAACGUCAUCGUUUACGAAAAGCAACGUUUCCAAACUGUU